AUGGAUCUACCUGAUCCUUACGGCGAGGACGUCACCAUGGAGGACUUUUGUUGCACGUCUGCAAUUUCCACUUCUUCAGCUUACGGCGAGGACGUCACAGUGCUAAAUUACUUGUUUUGGAAAAUUGGGUGUAACGAGAUUGGCGCGUGGGUCUUGAAUUCCAUGUUUGUGUGCAAGAGUAUCUUCGAGAGGUUAGACGCGUCAGUGGUCACGGUUGCGGCUGCGGCGGCCAACAAAUCCCUUUUAAAGGAGCCUCAAUACCAAGGCGUGAGAAAGAGACCGUGGGGGAGGUUCGUAGUAGAGAUCAGAGACCCGUUGAAGAAAGCCAAGGUUUGGUUAGAAACCUUUGAUUCUGUCGAGGAAGCUGCUCGAGCCUAUGACACCAUCGCACAGACUCUCCGAUGUCAGAGGCGGUGGAUGUUUUGA